AUGGAAAGAUUCCAGUCUUCCAUGCGCAAACGGCUCUACAGCUUGCCGCAAAACAUUGGGCAAAAACCCUUCGUGAUUGACGAAGGAGACAGCGGCGACAAGGACACUAAGAGGAAAAGUAUUCGCCUAAAACAUUUGUCCUCUCCGUCUCCUGCAAGCAGUUGCAAGAGCAUUGAGGAGGCCAGGAGCGAAGACUUGGAAAGGGACGUUAUUGUGAAGACCAACUUAAACGGGGACUGUCGCUUAUUUAGGGGCAGCAUCUCUUCCAUCACCGGGCGGCAUCCUCCCGGGUCAGAUCCAGCGGAGCAGCGGCGCCUCAUCCCCGAGGCUGAUGCCGGUGUCAGCGAGAGUUUCCCCGGUCAGCACGGUCCGGGGGCCCAGCAGCGGGCAGCGGGUGGUCUGAGUGGCGCAACCGAACAAGCAGCUAUGUUUGACCAGUCAAGUUUAAUCAAGUUGGAGGGUAGCGAGCAAAUAAUACCUGAGGACGAGCGGCUGUACCAAGCCGGCUUCAUGCACCGGCAGUUUGGGGCGAUGCUCCAACCGGGAGUCAACAAGUUCUCCCUGCGGAUGUUGGGGAGUGAGAGGGCCGUGGAGCAUGAGAGGGAACGAGUAAAGUCUGCUGGCUUCUGGAUAAUCCACCCGUACAGUGAUUUUAGGUUCUACUGGGAUCUGACCAUGCUGCUGCUGAUGGUGGGAAACCUCAUCAUCAUCCCUGUGGGCAUAACCUUCUUCAAGGACGAGCACACGCCGCCCUGGAUCGUCUUCAAUGUGGUCUCGGACACCUUCUUCCUCAUGGACCUGGUCCUUAAUUUCCGCACGGGCAUCGUCAAGGAGGACAAUACAGAGAUCGUCCUGGACCCGCAGCAGAUCAAGAUCAAGUACCUGAAGAGCUGGUUCGUGGUGGAUUUCAUCUCCUCCAUACCUGUGGACUACAUCUUUCUCAUCGUAGAGACACGCAUUGACUCAGACUUUUACAAGACAGCCCGAGCCCUGAGGAUCGUCCGCUUCACCAAGAUCCUCAGUCUACUGAGGCUGCUGCGCCUCUCCAGACUCAUUCGCUACAUCCACCAGUGGGAGGAGGUUUUCCAUAUGACCUAUGACCUGGCCAGCGCCAUGGUGCGUAUCAUGAACCUGAUUGGUAUGAUGCUGCUGCUGUGUCACUGGGACGGCUGUCUGCAGUUCCUGGUUCCCAUGCUGCAGGACUUUCCUGCUGACUGCUGGGUCACCAGAAACAAGAUGGUGAAUGACACUUGGGGUCAGCAAUACUCCUACGCCCUGUUCAAGGCCAUGAGUCACAUGCUGUGCAUCGGGUACGGCUUGUAUCCCCCCAUCGGUAUGGCUGAUGUGUGGCUCACCAUCCUCAGCAUGAUUGUGGGCGCUACCUGCUUUGCCAUGUUUGUGGGUCACGCAACUGCACUCAUUCAGUCUCUGGACUCCUCCAGGAGGCAGUACCAGGAGAAGUAUAAACAGGUGGAGCAAUACAUGUCCUUCCACAAGCUCCCUGCCGACAUGCGCCAGCGGAUCCACGACUACUACGAACACCGUUAUCAGGGCAAGAUGUUCGAUGAGGAAAGCAUUUUGGAGGAGCUGAAUGAGCCACUGCGACAGGAGAUCAUCAACUUUAACUGUCGUAAACUGGUGGCCUCCAUGCCUCUGUUCGCCAACGCCGAUCCAAACUUUGUUACCUCCAUGUUGACCAAACUGCGCUUCGAGGUCUUCCAGCCGGGCGACUACAUCAUCAGAGAGGGAACCAUUGGCAAGAAGAUGUACUUCAUCCAGCAUGGCGUCGUCAGUGUCCUGACCAAGAACAGCAUAGACACCAAGCUGUCUGACGGCUCUUAUUUUGGAGAGAUCUGCCUGCUGACCCGAGGCAGGAGGACAGCCAGCGUGCGAGCAGAUAACUACUGUCGGCUGUACUCUUUGUCGGUGGACAACUUCAACGAGGUGCUGGAGGAGUUUCCCAUGAUGAGGAGGGCCUUUGAGACUGUGGCUCUGGACCGCUUGGAUCGCAUCGGAAAGAGGAACUCUGUUCUUCAACAUAAAGUCCAGCAUCACCAAAGUUCUGGCACUCUGAACUUUCAAGAGAGCGAGAUCAUCCAAAGAAUAGUGCAACAUGACCGUGACAUGGCCCAAUGCACGCAUCUGAUCCAGACCAGCCUAAACCCUACCCCUGCACCCCCAUCUCCCACCCCCGUCAUCUGGGCCCCCCUAGUUCAGGCCCCGCUCCAGGCUGCUGCUGCCACCACCCCACUGGCUCUGGCCUUGGCCCACCAAUCUCAGCUGCCACCCAUUCUCUUCCACCAUCCUCUGGCACCAGGCUCCCUGAGGGACCACACCAGCUAUCCAAAGAGAGUCCACAUUGGAGCGAACACGUCUAGCACCUGUGGUUCGGGGCCCAGUUCUCCUGCCAGCUCCACCAAAUUCAGAUCUGGAAUUGAGAUUCCCACACUGGCGUCCCUCAGGACACACCAUCUCUCCGCUGGACCUGUGUCACCCACACUGAUGUCCCAGCCCAUCUUCACCAGUAGCCUGCAGCCUCUGGGCCCUCUGCCCUCACACCAGCCCCCACCCCAUCCUCCCCACUCCGGCAUGGCCUCAGUCUUCCCCACCAGCCAGGCCACUGUCUCCUACACCUGCUCCGCUCAGCUCCACUCUCAGCCCUUCCAUGGUGCUAUGACCACCCCGCCACACCCAAUAGGUUUACUCCAGCAGGGGGUGCCAGGGAGACUAGUAGGGAGAUUCCCAGCCCCAUCUGCCUCCACCAUAAGCCCUCUGAUCUCAAGCUCAGUCAGUCCCAUACUAAGCCAGCUGCAGCAGACCUCUCACGCCACCCCGCAGCAGCUUGGGUACAGUCAUGCCAGAGCAGGCAGGACAUCCAGUGGUCUGAACCUCCCGCAUAUUCCCUUCAUCACCAGCACCCACUCCUCCAGUGGAUAUACUCACCCAGGGUCUGCAGUCGGAGCCGGGGCCGCAGCCUCUCUGGCGCAGCACAGCCUUGCAGGUCUCCAGUCUGUUUUCCUCCCCCAGGUUCUCCCCGAGCACUCGGCCCUCGCCUCCCUGGCCCAGUACGGCUCUGCUGAAGCCUCGCCCUGCUACACUCCUCCAGUCCACAGUCCCAGCAUACAGAGCCCUGUGAGAGGAAGGACAUUUUACCACAGUGAGUUCCCCAGCAACGUGGGCUCUCACAGCCCUCUAACCCCCCAGACCUCAUGCCCUGCCAGGGUGCCCUGUACCCUCAAAGAGAGGGCCGACUCCUCGGUGGAUCUCUUUACCCAGGAAAUAAAGACUAUCUCAGGCUCUCACAGCUCUAUACACCAGGAAAGGCCUUUGGCCAUGAGCGGCUCCUCAAAGGGGGUAGCGGGGACAUCAGGCCCCUUCUCCUUUCCCAUGCCUGUUAGUAAACCCUACAGCCCGAUCCCGGGUCAAGCAACUCCUGUCAGUCGGACACAUUCAGAGCCCAAACCUCAGAACCAGUCCGUUGGUGUCCAUUCUCCCCACGCUAGAUCCCCUGCUAAGAUGUUAGAGACCGAACACAAACAGUCCAAACUUCCAUCCAAUUUGUGAGGUUCAGACACACCCUCCUUUAAUGCCUGAACAAAAGAAGGGAUAUCUUCUCUUUCUCUGCAUUGUUUUAACCACUAUUUUGUCAAAUUUUAAAGAAGGAGGGUGUGUUUCUAUACUUGGAUCGGAGACCAGUGGUUUCAUUUUUAAUCGGAACGAAUGGAU